AUGGCGGCAAAUGCCUCAUUCGCCGCCGCGUUCAUCAUCGGACUAUCGCUUCUCUUCGCCGUCACGGCGGAGGAUCCGUACAGAUUCUUCGAAUGGAACGUCACUUACGGUGAUAUCUACCCACUCGGCGUUCGCCAACAGGGUAUUCUGAUCAACGGUGCGUUCCCGGGACCGGACAUUCACUCCGUUACCAAUGACAAUCUCAUCAUCAACGUCUUCAAUAACCUCGACGAACCUUUCCUCCUUUCAUGGAACGGUGUUCAACAGAGGAGGAACUCGUUCGUCGAUGGAGUCUACGGAACGACAUGCCCAAUCCCGCCGGGGAAGAAUUACACUUACAUUCUUCAGAUGAAGGAUCAGAUCGGAAGUUUCUACUACUUCCCCUCACUCGCUUUCCACAAAGCCGCCGGUGGAUUCGGUGGCAUCCGCAUUCUCAGCCGCCCUAGGAUCCCCGUCCCCUUCGCAGAUCCCGCCGGCGAUUACACCGUCCUCAUCGGCGAUUGGUACAAAUCCAAUCACACCGAUUUGAAAGCGCAGCUCGAUAGCGGAAGGAAGCUUCCUUUACCAGAUGGUAUCCUCAUCAAUGGCCGUGGAAGUGGUGCCACUAUCAAUGUCGAGCAAGGGAAGACGUACAGGCUGAGAAUAUCGAACGUAGGGUUACAAGACUCUCUCAACUUCCGGAUCCAAAACCAUAAGAUGAAAGUUGUUGAAGUCGAAGGCACACACACUCUCCAGACGACUUUCUCUUCGCUCGACGUUCACGUUGGCCAGUCCUACUCGGUGCUCGUGACUGCGGACCAGCCUCCUCAGGACUAUUACAUGGUGGCCUCUUCUCGGUUUACCUCUAACGUCCUCACCACCACCGGUGUUUUCCGUUACAGUAAUUCAGCUGGUGGCGUCUCUGGACCUAUCCCCGGUGGACCAACGAUACAGAUCGACUGGUCAUUGAACCAGGCUCGUGCCAUUAGGACUAACCUUACCGCGAGUGGACCAAGGCCGAAUCCACAAGGAUCGUACCAUUACGGUAUGAUCAACACCACGAGAACGAUCAGGUUAUCUAGCUCGGCUGGUCAGGUGAACGGGAAGCAGAGAUACGCUGUGAACAGUGUGUCGUUUAACCCAGCGGACACUCCUCUGAAGCUCGCCGAUUACUUUAAGAUCGACGGUGUUUACAGAGUUGGAAGCUUGCAGAGCCAACCUACAGGUGGAGGAAUAUACCUCGACACGUCUGUUUUGCAAGUUGAUUACAGAACUUUUAUCGAGAUUGUUUUCGAAAACUCUGAGAAUAUUGUCCAGAGUUGGCAUCUGGAUGGUUACUCUUUCUGGGUCGUUGGAAUGGACGGUGGGCAAUGGACUCCUGAGAGUAGGAACGAGUACAAUCUACGUGAUGCAGUCGCACGCUGCACUGUUCAGGUGUAUCCGAGUUCAUGGACGGCUAUUUACAUAGCCCUAGACAAUGUUGGGAUGUGGAAUCUGAGGUCGGAGUUUUGGGCAAGGCAAUAUUUAGGACAGCAGUUUUAUUUACGUGUCUACACGACAUCGACUUCUCUAAGAGAUGAGUAUCCAAUUCCCAAGAACGCUCUUACAUGUGGUAGAGCCAGCGGUCGACGCACUAGACCGCUUUGA